AAAACGUAGUUACUUAAAAAGAUUGGGAGAUUUUCUAUUCCUUAUCAAUGGAGAUUUCCUGGCACGUGCCCCACCCAAGGCCCACGCCCAGAGCGCUCGAGUGGCGGGACAACAACCGCUGACAUCUUCCCGUUCCGACGCCACAGGCUGCUCCGAGCUCCGCCUUUUAGAUUGCACCGAGAGAAACCAGCGACAGCUCUGAGUCCAGGCCGGGUUUUCAAGCAUCAAGACGGAAGUAACAGCGGAAAGGAAGUUCCAGCGCCCGCGCUGGGAAAGAGGUGGGGGGACCUAGGGAAGACUCAGGGUGCGAUGGCGGCGCAAAUUCCAAUUGUGGCCACCACUUCCACUCCGGGAAUAGUCCGGAACAGCAAGAAGAGGCCGGCCAGCCCAUCCCACAAUGGCAGCAGCGGCGGGGGCUAUGGCACCAGCAAGAAGAAAAAAGUGUCUGCCUCCAGCUUUGCGCAGCCGUGCCUUUCGCCUUCCACCAUGAUUGUGAGGCCUCCCCAGCCACGUGGAACUACGUGCCUUUUGCCUUCCGCCAUGAUUGUGAGGCCUCCCCAGCCACGUGGAAAUGGUAUCAGCAUGGAAGCCAUGAAUGAGAAUAAAGUGGUGCCCUCUGAGUUUAGCACAGGACCUGUGGAAAAAGCUGCCAAACCUUUGCCAUUUAAGGAUCCCAACUUUGUGCACUCUGGCCACGGUGGCGCAGUAGCUGGCAAGAAGAACAGAACCUGGAAGAACCUGAAACAAAUCCUCGCUUCCGAAAGGGCAUUGCCGUGGCAACUGAACGAUCCUAACUACUUCAGUAUUGAUGCUCCUCCAUCGUUUAAGCCAGCUAAGAAGUAUUCUGAUGUUUCAGGUCUGCUUGCCAACUACACAGACCCCCAGAGCAAACUGCGGUUCAGCACCAUUGAAGAGUUUUCCUAUAUUCGGAGGCUGCCCUCUGACGUCGUCACCGGCUACCUGGCCCUGAGGAAGGCCACAAGCAUCGUUCCCUGAGCCCGAGAAAGGGAGAUGAAGUGGAAAGCUGUUUCAAAAACAGACUCUGGACUCGUGAUUUUGUUUCACGGAAAACAAACUCGUUCUGCUGUCAAUCUGAAAAUGCCAGUGCUGUGCCUUGGAAAGAAUGUUUGGCUUUCAUUUAAGGGUUUUUUUGAGUGUGUGUUUUCCCUCCAAGUGUGAUAUUUCCUGCUGAAUUAAAUUAUACUUCAGUUGUUGCCUCAAGUAAAGGUGUUUGACAAGAAAAUACAAUGAAACUAUACUUUUCAUUUA